AUGUCAACAGUACAACAACAAUUAAAAUUAGAGCAAACAGCACAAGGAUGGGAUCGAUCAGCUGAAGGCUACUUGGCGUUUAUGGAAAAGACUGGGUUUACAAGAUUGUAUGCUCAAGACAUAUUGGAUGAAACAUUACCUGUCUCUUCUCAAAACAACACACCUAAAGAUGUAAAGAUACUUGAUAUCGCUGCUGGUACUGGUGCAAUGUCAAUCAUUGCUGCUCAACGUGUAAAAGCACUUGGUGUUGGUGGUAGUGUAUUGGCAACCGACUUUUCACCAUUAAUGGUUGAAUGUAUUGAAAAGGAAAUCAAGUCACACAACCUAGACAAUAUUAAAGCACAAGUGAUGGAUGGUCAAAACCUGACACUUGCUGACUCUUCCAUUGACUUUGCCUAUAUCAUAUUUGGUAUCAUGUUUUUCCCAGAUCAACAACGUGGACUCUCUGAAUUACUACGUGUUCUCAAACCUGGUGGUGUCACUGGUAUAGCCACUUGGUCACCUAAAAAUCCAAUGGCCGAAUGGGUCAUUAAUACAUUAAAGAAAUUAGUUCCUCAACCAACCACUCCAACACCAGCCACUCCUACUACUCCUCCAACCCCAACUGGAAUCACACUAUCACUAUCGGAUCCAGUGUCAAUCGAGACAGUUCUAAAAUCAUCAGGGUUUGUAGACAUCAAAGUAGAAGGAAAAGAACAUUGUUUUGAAAGUACAGUCGAUAUGUAUGUCGAUUGUAACUUGGACAACCCAGUUCUAGUUGGCAUUAAAAACUCUUUGCCACAAGACAAACAACCUCUUUUUGCCGAUACGUUGAGACAAGUAGCCAAGGAACUUCAUCCAAAUGGUAUCAUUAAAAUUAAUUCACUUGCCUAUCUUACAACUGCAAGAAAACCACAAUUAUAA